CAGUGCGGAGAGUUUAGUUGAGUUAUAUCAUCACUUGCAGAAUCAAAACAAAAGAGAUUCAGAACAAUCUUGUUAUAAGAUAAAGGGGAAGUUAUGUUUAAAUAUAUUCACUCUCACUUUUGUUUGUACUUUUUGUGGUCUAUAUCAUUGGUUAGUAACACCUGUUCUGCUAGUAACACAGGCUCUGUACAACUCGACAAGCCAGAUAAAGUACAGAACAACCAGCUUCGCCUUCAAAGAGUUCCAGGUCUGAUGAAGAUGGUGUCAGAGAGGAUAUUAAUGAUCUUUGCCGGUCUCAUCUCUAUGCGGACGGCAGCUGAAUGGUAUCCCAAAAGUCUGAAGUGUGACGUUUCUCAGGCUAAUAACGGGACCGAGGUCAGCGUCAACUGCACUGAGCGAGACCUAACCGAAGUUCCUCUGGGAAUCCCAACGAAUACCACCAACCUGACACUAACCAUCAACCACAUACCCCACAUCAGGAACGAUUCAUUCCACGAGCUGCACAACAUCACCGAGAUCGACCUCCGAUGCAACUGCGUACCGAUCAAAGUCGGUCCCAAAGAUCGCGUCUGCACCCAGAGCGUGACGAUUGACAACGGCACCUUCUGGAAGCUCAAGAACCUCAGGUCGCUUUACCUGGAUGGGAACCAGCUGUCCAGCAUUCCCAAGGGCCUUCCUCCCAACAUAGUGCUCCUGAGUCUCGAGGUCAAUAGCAUCUAUUCAAUUCUUAAGGAGAAUUUGACAGAACUGACUAAUAUCCAAAGGCUGUAUCUCGGCCAGAACUGCUACUUCAGGAACCCGUGCAACAAGUCGUACAACAUUGAAAAGGAUGCGUUUGUGCAGCUUGACAAGAUGACUUUGCUUUCUCUGAAGUCCAACAACUUGUCUUAUAUCCCACACCAAUUACCAUCAAGCCUAAAAGAGCUGUACCUUUACAACAACAAUAUUCAGACAAUAACGGAUGAGGACUUUCAGAACCUGACAGAGUUGGAAAUACUGGACUUGAGUGGGAACUGUCCACGCUGCUAUAAUGCACCUUUCCCAUGCACCCCAUGCCCAAAUAAUGCUCCCCUUCAGAUACAUCCGGACUCCUUCAAGACUCUGAAUAACCUAAAGACUCUUCGGCUUCAUAGUAACUCUUUAACGGAUAUACCUUCAAAAUGGUUUCAAAACCUGACACGACUUAUUCUUCUAGACCUCUCAAGCAAUUUCUUGGCUAAGGAGAUAACAUGCACCUCUUUUCCUUCUUUGCUGCCCUAUCUAGAAGAGUUGGAUCUGUCUUUCAACUUCGAGCUCCAGGUGUAUCCCGCAUCGCUCAACCUUUCAAGGUCAUUCGACCGUCUUAAAUCUCUAAGGGUCCUAAGAAUCAGAGGGUAUGUGUUUCAAGAACUCAAACUGGAAGACCUCAAACCAUUGACUGAAUUGAACAACCUGGAAUUCAUUGAUCUCGGCACAAACUUCAUAAAAAUAGCGAACCUCAGUCUCCUGAAGAAGCUGAAAAGCUUCAGAAUCAUCAACUUGUCCGACAACAAAAUCUCAAUGCCGUCUGAAGGAGAAUACACAGCUUCACAUUCAAACCGCAGAGAAAAACAGUAUGGUUCCCCAAUGUCUCAAGGUGCCCAGUACCACAAUGGAGAAGUGAAGGAUAUCCACUAUUUCCUCUAUGACGAAUAUGCGCGCAGCUGCAAAUACAAGGACAAGGAACUCUGGAUUACAAGUCCUUUCAACAACGAAUGUAGCUCCUUUGGAAAAACGUUGGAUAUCAGUAGGAAUAACAUCUUUUUCCUUCAUUCCAGAUUUCUAGAUCUUGAUGAGCUGAGGUGUUUGAAUCUCUCCGGGAACGCCAUGAGCCAGAGUUUGAAUGGGUCUGAGUUUGUCAAGUUGACGAAUUUACAAUACCUGGACUUUUCCGACAAUCGUCUGGAUUUGAUGUUCUCCACAGCGUUUCAGGAACUGAGCAGCUUGGUCGUUCUGGACAUCAGCCGUAACAGCCAUUACUUCGUAGCUGAGGGUUUAACUCACAUGUUGAACUUUACAAAGAGCCUGGCUAAGCUGAGAAAACUAAUCAUGAACGACAACCAGAUAUCCACAUCCACGAACACCGAAAUGGAGAGUUUUUCCUUGGAACAUUUGGAGUUUAAAGGCAACCGUCUUGAUAUGUUGUGGAGGGAUGGAGACACGAGGUACGUCAACUACUUUAAGAAACUUAUGGCGUUGAAGACUCUCGACGUUUCUCAUAACAACCUGAACUUCAUCCCACAAGGGGUUUUCGAAGGUCUUCCAGAGACCCUCACAGAACUCUACAUCACUGAAAACAGGUUGAAGUCGUUUAAAUGGGAGGGUCUUAAAAACCUUAAAAACCUAAAGCUGUUAGACCUCAGUAUGAAUCACCUGACGGAUCUUCCCACGUGCCUGACUAACUACACUAAAUCAAUCCAAACUCUUGUCCUACACAAGAACGACAUUGCAAAACUGCCUCGGGAUUUUCUAAAAGAUGCAUUCAGCCUCAAGAUCUUGGAUUUAAGUUACAAUCGCAUCCAGUUCAUCCAAGAAUCAAGCUUCCCGGAAAACGUUAUUGACCACUUGCAGACCUUAUACUUGAACAAUAACCGGUUUGUGUGCUCUUGCAACGCCACGUGGUUCGUCCGAUGGAUCAACCGCACCUCGGUGAACAUCCCGCGCCUCGCCACCGACGUAACGUGCUCUUCGCCGAGUGCCCAGAAAGGUCAGAGUGUCAUUUUCCUAAACGUCCAAGCCUGCCAACACAACUACCUGUCAAUCAUCUUGUGUAUAUUUCUGACCUCUGUGAUUCUCAGCAUUCUCACGCUCACCAUCUCCAGCCAUCUUUUCCUCUGGGAUGUGUGGUACAUCUACCACUUUUGCUUGGCCAAACUCAAGGGAUACCGAAGACUGUCCUGCAACAGCACCGUCUACGAUGCCUUCGUGGUCUACGAUACGACGGAUCCAGCCGUUCACGAGUGGGUCACGCAGGAGUUACGCAUUCAACUGGAAGAGAAAGGGGAUCCACGGAUGCAGUUGUGUUUGGAAGAGCGGGAUUGGGUGCCUGGUUGUCCUCUGAUUGAAAACCUUUCCCAGAGUAUUCAGCUAAGCAAACGCACCGUGUUCAUCCUGACGGGACACUACAUCAAAAGCGGGAGCUUCAGGACAGCCUUUUAUAUGGCCCACCAGAGACUCAUGGACGAAAGGAAUGACGUUAUCGUCCUGAUUUUCUUGGAGAGAAUGCCUUGUCACUCGAAGUACCUCAAACUGAGGAAGAGACUGUAUAAAAAGUCAGUCCUGGAGUGGCCGAGGAAUCCUCAAGCGCAGAGAUACUUCUGGUUCAGUCUCCGAAGCCUCAUGUCCACCGAGAGGCAGCAGUACAACAAGCUCUUCCAGGAGACUCUGUGA